GAGGCGGAGUCAGUCGCUUGGUGCUGGUAAUCGUGGUGAGUAGCAGCGGCAGCGGUCUGAGUGUCUGCGGAACGGCAGCGCAGCCUCCCCAUUGUGUUAGAGCGGAGCCUGUUUCACUGGCGCAGUCUACAAGCUGAGCGAAGGAUAUAUUUAGAAGUCGGCUGUAUGCCUCCUCCCAAGGAUUUGGAGAGGCGGAGGUUGAAAUAAGGUGGCGUGUUUCAUCUGGCCAUUUUACAGUUAUCGGCUCAUUUACCAGGUUUCAAUGCCUGGGAUUUGCUCUCUCGGCAAGUGGAGCCUGUUUUAGUUUCAGAAUGUAUGCCAGAGGUUGCUGGAGGUGAUCCCGCCGUUAGCCCGGUCCCCCGGCCCAUCCCAUUGAGUUUGCCCCAUUUUCCCUAUCCCUGUUUCUUCCAGCUGAGGUUUCAGUCCCAUCUUGGAAUAUUGGAAAAAAACACUUCUGUAAGAAUAUAAAAAUACAAGCAACAAAAUGGACGGAUUGUCGAAAAGGAAUGAGAAGUUGGAAGUGCCAGAGGAGGAAGAAGUCGAUCCGAGAAUUCAGGGAGAACUCGAGAAGCUGAACCAGUCGACAGAGGCUAUUAAUCGUCAGGAAACUGAACUAGAGGAGGCUCGGCAGAAGUUUCGAACUGUUUUAGUCGAAGCCACUGUUAAGCUUGAUGAAGUGGGAAAGAAGGUAGGAAAAGCAGUGGAUGAUUCCAAGCCUUACUGGGAGGCCCGUCGAGUCACACGGCAGGCCCAGCUGGAGGCACAGAAAGCUACCCAGGAUUUUCAAAGAGCCACUGAAGUAUUGCGGGCAGCCAAGGAGACGAUUGCUUUGGCUGAGCAAAGGCUGCUGGAAGAUGAGGAGCGCCAGUUUGAUUCAGCGUGGCAGGAGAUGCUUAAUCAUGCAACGCAGAGGGUUAUGGAAGCAGAACAGACCAAGACGAGGAGUGAGCUGUUACACAAGGACACAGCCCUGAAGUACAAUGCAGCAAUGAGCAGGAUGAAGCAACUGGAGAAGAAACUGAAGCGAGCCAUCAAUAAAUCCAAGCCUUAUUUUGAACUGAAAGCCAAGUACUACCUGCAGAUGGAGCAACUGAAGAAGAAUGUGGAUGAACUGCAGACCAAGCUGUCAUCAGCCAAAGGGGAGUAUAAGGCAGCCUUGAAGAACCUGGAGAUGAUCUCCGAUGAGAUUCAUGAAAGGAGGCGCUCCAAUGUGAUUGGACCCAGAGGGCGAGGGGUUGGUGCUGAGGGAAAUGGAAACUCUCUGGAAGACUUGUCCAGCCUGAAGACUGACCCCGAUGAGUUAUCCGUGACAUCUGAGAUCUUUGAUGAUGACAAUUGCAGUGACCCUGUCUCUGAAGAUUCGGAGAGCCAGUCCGAGUCCAGUUUAAGCUCCUGCCCGACCAGCCCAUUGGACCAGACGAACCCAUUCCCUCCUGUGACUCGUCCCCCCAGCCUGGAACUGCUGAGUCCAGUGUCCGAUUGUGUGACAGGCUCCCCCGUUCUGGGGCCUCGCAGUGAGUGCAGCGGAGCUUCCUCUCCUGAAUGUGAAGCUGAAAGAGGGUACAGGGCUGGUGUUGAAAAUAAGGAUAAACUGAUUAACCAACCAACCAUUGAUGAGACGGCUCUGAAGAUCAGAGUAACUCAGAUUUCAGUCAAGUGCACGCAGCCAAAGGAGAAGCAAAUUUCGGGAAUAGAAAUCUGCAGUUUGGCUGGCUCCCCAACCUGUUAAAUAUGGUGUGAACCAACAUCUUAAACAUGCCAGAAAACAUCUGCCACCAACUUACUCGCUCACAGAUGUGGUCUAGGCCUUUUAAUUGCUGUCUAACUACUUAUUGAAAGGUUUCUCUGAAGCGUGGUUGGUAUCUGUAAUGGGGAUGAAAAGGAACCAUGGGAAAAGUUUUGGAUUGAGAAGUUUUGGACUGAAAAGUUUUGGACAUAAGCAAAAUAUGUAGAUAGCAGUUUGAUUUCAGACAGGAGGCAAAGUAGCAGCAACCAAUGUGCUGGUGAACUGGAUUUGAAGCAAGAUUGAUUUUUACUGCUCCAGUUGAUGACCUACAUAUAUAUGGCAGAGAAGAAACACAAAUCAACAGAGAAUGUGCUUUGCUCCACUUGUAUUGUGUGCAAUAUUCAUGUGUGCCACUUCAUUGUGUCCCUCUUCACACUGAGACCUGCUACGUUCUUGUGUUGGAGUGUGCUACUGCAUUGAGGGUCUGCAGUCCAUCUUUACAUUAGUCUUAGUUUCACACUGUUGAAAACCAGACCUGAAGCAACCACUCAUAUUUCCUGUUGUUCAGAAGGACUUGAAACAAGAAAGAACUAAAGUGCUGAGGGUGCUUCACUUUCUGUGGAUGGUUGUAACAGGAGUGGUCCAACAUAUUUAAUAUCUGGAAAGGCAGACUUGGUGUCAUUGAAUAUCAUUACAGUUCCUUCAUAUUGUAACCACAUGGAAGAAAACUGGCCAUUGCUAUCGAGGGAUUUUUGGCUUGGAGAUUGCUGUGUUUUCACUGACAAGUUAAAGUUCUUUGGCCAGCAAUUUGCAUUUAACCAAGUGCACUACAGGCAUUGACAAGGUUUUACUGCUGGGAAAUGUCUGUCCAUGCAGUUGACAGAAAAAUUUCAAAGACUGGAUGAGUGUAUUGGGAAUCCAGACUGUAAAAACUAGCUCCUGGGUCUUACCUCCGGGGGGGAGAAAAAGAGAUCUGGUUUGCUAAGGGGCUUUUAUUUAUGACUUGCAAGUAAAGUAAGCAGUGAGAAAGCUUGCAUGCCUUUAUACUUAUGUUUAAAAAGUAACAUACACGGUAGAUUGAUAAUCGUCAACUACUAUUUUGAGUAUUAGUUUUUGUACACUUCAGUAUUGUAAAAUUAAGUUGUGUAUAGCUCAUCUUUUUUUUAAUAUAGGUUGUCAUUUAAUGUCUCAUCGUUCUGAAUUCAUAUACAGCUCAUGGUGUUAAUCCAUCUCCUACAAGGACAGUGAUGUUGAGCGGCAAUGACAAGUUAAUCUAAAUACACUUCAUGAUUACAAUUAUAAAUUAACAAGUUUGUACAGCUGAAUGAGCUACUUGAUUCUUGCCAUUUUAGUAAGAAUAUAAGAGAUUCAGAAAAUUGGAUAUGGAAUAAAUGCAAAAAAAAAACUUGGAUCGCCUCAUCAUGGACCAUUAUACUGGUUUUGGGAAGAUUUUGAGGUAAGAGGUAUGACUUUAGUUUAACACAAUAUUUUGCAAGUUAGGUUUUAAAAAGCUCUUUCCAGGGAAGAACAAGACCACUGAAAUUUUUUUUUUCCAUAUUCAGCAUGAAUUAAAUCUAUUGUGGUUUUAGAUUUAAGAAAAUGCACAUUUUUAUCUGCAUUUGACAAGUUGCAUAUUUUGAGUUUUAAAAUAGCUGAUUUUUGUUCAAAGUUGCACAGUCUCAUUCUUAAUAAUUGAAGCAGCAUUUAACUUUAUUUCUAUAGCUGGAGGUGCAAUAGUACCAUGGAGUAAAUAAGUAAAAUAUUAUGCGUACUGUUUUGAGAAGGACGAUUUAAGAUGAUUUUUACAUUCUUAAAUAAUUGGGUCAGGGCUUAUAUGUUCAUCCAAGUCGGAAGACUUUGGACUUUAGCCCCACUCUGGCAAGGGAAGCCAAUGAUCCAGGCUAGUGAGGAAGUGCUGCGGUUUUUGAUGUAUCUAUUUUAAGAAACGUUUAAACAAGUCAUUGGCUGCCCUCUUGGACAUUCAAGGGCCCCGGGUACUAUAAUUGGAGAGCAGGGGGGUAUUUUUUUCCUGAUUUAUUUUUUUUGGUAAACGUUCAUUCUUUAACCACAGAUCAGUGUAACUGGCCAUUUACAUUAGUUUGUGGAAUCCUGUGGUUAG